UGUGGAGGAGAAAGACUAGAGGAACUCUGGCAGCGAGCUAAGCAGGACAUGGAAUCAGAAGAUAUCCUUGACCAGUUAGCUGACAACCCAACAGAGGUUGUGCGCAAGAUUUCUGACUACUCAUGGCGGCUUCAAGGGCUCAGUGAGAGUAUGGGUGGGGACCAAGGAUCACUAACUUCCCAGAGUUCCAGCACAAGUUCCCAGACUGGUCUCAUCUCAGCAGCCCUCUCUCACCAUCCCCUCUCUAACACUUCACUCACACCCACCACUAAUGCUACCACCCAGGUUAUAAAUGGUCCAGAAAUGGGAAUGCCACGAUGUGGUUCCUUAGACUCAUUACGUGAUGGUUCACAUAUACCCAUGAUGAUGGUAGUGAUUUGCUGAGCGCCAUCACUGCCACAUUUGAGGAGAAGAUGAGAAGCCUUCAGGAGUCUCCCUUGGGUUUGGUGACUCCUUUGUCAGAGGACGCCACCCCUAGCCCAUCCACCUCCCCUGAGGCAGGUCAGCCAAAUGACUGUACCACCAGAGGGAAAUCAGAGUGUCGUCUAUACCGCAUCCUUCCCUGCACCGCCGCCGCACUAAUCCCCGUAAUCCCUCUGCCAACACUAGCACAAACUCCACUGCUGUCAACACCACUCCCACCACUACCAUAUCU